GAGGAUGCUUUAAAAUAUGUUUAAAAUUGAACCGAAUCCGACGCCACCCCUGCUAAGGUUUUUAGACCAGGCGUCUCUGCCAAAAUCGAGGGGGGAGUGGGAUGAAGGGGAUAAGGCCGCUACAUUGAAGGAUUGGAAAACCCGCCGAUACAGUAUUUAGUCUGGAGACUGGAAAGAGAGAUCCGAUCAAAGGAUUAAAAUCAUUUAUUGUACAAAAGUCUCUGCUUUUCCCAGUAUAAAAACAUCUAUCUAUGGCGUCCCUAAUACGUGAAUGGGUAGGGAUCAACACGUUCGCUUCAGCGACACAGACUAAAUUGCUUGAAUUGCUGGGGAAACUUAAGCAGGAGAGUGUGAACACAUUGACAAUACUAGUAAUGGGGAAAGGUGGUGUUGGGAAGUCAUCAACUGUUAACUCGAUUAUAGGGGAAAGAGCAGUGUCUGUUAAUCCCUUUCAGUCUGAAGCAACAAGGCCAUUUAUGGUGUCACGUGCAAGUGCUGGGUUUACUUUGAACAUUAUUGACACUCCGGGGCUAAUUGAAGGAGAUUUCAUCAAUGACCGGACACUUGAGAUUCUAAAACGUUUCCUUCUGAACAAGACCAUCGAUGUUCUACUCUAUGUGGACCGUUUGGAUGCUUAUAGGGUCGACAACUUGGAUAGGCAGGUAGUUAAGGCCAUAACAGAGUGUUUUGGUAAAGGAAUAUGGAAUAGGGCUUUGGUUGUUCUCACACACGCGCAGUUCUCACCACCUGAUGGAUUUUCUUACGAGGAUUUUUGCUCCAAAAGGUCAGGGGCUCUUCUAAAAGUUGUUCGUCUUGGUGCGGGGUUAGAAAAGCACGAUAAGCAGGAGUUUGCUAUCCCUGUUGUCUUGGUUGAGAACAGUGAAAAGUAUAAUAAGAAUGAAAAUGAUAAAAAGGUUCUCCCAGAUGGAACUGCGGGGAUUCCUCAUUUAGUCAAAACAAUCACAGACGUUGUGUUGAAUGGAAGCAAGUCUAUUUUGGUUGACAAGAAGCUGAUUGAAGGGUCAAACCCCAAUGAGAGAUGGAAGUUCUUUAUUCCGCUUAUUUUUGCUUUCCAAUAUUUCUUUGUGGUGAAAUCAAUGAAGCGCGCAAUCAAGAAUGAUAUUGCAAAGGAGGGUCGAGCGUCAUGGUACAAGUAGGAUUAGGGGUGUGACCAAUCUCGGCUAUCAUGAAAUUGGAGUUUUGUUAAAUAUGAAGCAUUAGUAUUCCUGGCGCUGAUGGCGUCUCUAUGAUUCUGCACACUCUGCAGUAGUAGAAAUCUGAGGCAAUGAGAUUCAUUCGCGUUUUGAGAGAAUGUUAGUUUUAUUUUUUAUUUUUUAAUACUCAGAUAAAUGAUUCCGUUUGAUUUUUUUUAGUUUAUGCUGCGUAUGUAGUGUUUAUUUUUUAAUAAGUCCACUUUAAGAGGCACUUCAUCGCCUAGUUUUAUCUUUUAGACUGCGUUUGGAUGUUGAGUUAAGUUGAAUUGAAGUGAGCUCUUUAUGAAUAAUAGUGAGUUAAGUUGGUGGAGUAA